AUGGCUGCUCCCAACUUCGCGCCUGUGACUCUGUCGCGGCCCCAAGCCGCUCGACUCGAAUCCAUGAUGCAGCAGCAAGUGCAGGACGCCGUACUGGCCCAUACUGCCCAACGCAUGAAAGAUCACAAGCUGGACUCGGACUGGCGCUUCGUGAGCUCUCUGGGUCAGCUCAAGACGUUCAAGACCCCCGGGAAGGACUCGUUCACCUCGACCUCCUCGUGGACCACGACGCUCGAGAGGGUCUGCAAUGUGAACGACCGCAUCAGCACUGGAGUUCACGCUUGGACAAUGCGCAGCCAAAGUGACCGCAGUCGCAGUGGACGAUUGUCCUUCUCACGCUGCACCGUCGGCGCCACG